AUGGCCGAUUCCGGCACCGGCACUUACACCACGGCCUCGGCCUCGGACAUCAUUACCUACAUCGGCGUCCCUCUUGCCGUCCUCGGUGUCCUCCCCAUUCUCUACAACACCAUCGCAACCCUGGCCGCCCGCUCGCGCAUCCGCCGCAUGCUCCGCCAUGCCCGCCUGACCGCCCUGACACGCUCCGACGUCGUGAACCGCGUCAUCGAGGUCGACCUCCCGCGCUACGCCGUGACGCCCUGGGACCGCUUCGACCACCGCGAGGAGUAUUGGUCCCUUGCCAGGUACCCCUCGUCCAUACCCGGCGGGACCUGGACGACGUUCAAUUGGCGGACGAACACCAUCGGCCUCAAGACGCAGAGAGUCGAGUAUGCCGACCAGCUGCGCCAACCCCAGGUCGAAGUGAGCUUCGAGGAGCUGGUUUCUUAUCUCCUGGACCUCGGUGCCGUCCCUGACGCUCAUGGCUGGAGACUUCUGAGGAGCACCGGCCUAUGGACUCCCAUCGGCUGUACUCUGAUGCAGAGCCCGGAUGGCCAACACAAGGCCCUUACCAUCGCGCCCCUCGACGACUCGGACGGCCACCUCUCGCUAUCCGUCAUGUGGUCCUCCCACUGGACCACCAGAAGCCACGAGUCCCUCCCCCCAUACUGGGUCCGUCUCCCUCCGCCUCCCGAGACCGUCACCGCGACCACAGUAGAAGACCACCCCGAUGCCCUGGACGACAUCAAACAGAGCCCGCUUUCCCAGAAAUCCUCCCUCUCCAGCAUAUCCCGCGCCGCCCGCACCGCCGCGAACGCUCCCAUCGCCUGCAAAAUCUCCUCCCACGGCCUCAUCAGCGCCCACCCCGAGCCCGACGACAACGCCCGCCCCGCCACGCCCCUGCACAUCGACCACGUCCGCAUCCGGCCGGGUCCCUCCGUCCCCACGGCGGGCGUGUGGUUCGCGAGCGCCGCCACGGCCUACGGCACCUCGAGCACCACCGUCCUGUGGAACUACCGCAUCCCGGAUGACGUCCUGGCCUUUGCGCGCGGCUCCUCCGUGCCCUGCGGCGUGCUCGAGCUCCUCGGUAUCGCCGACGCCUCCCAAACGCCCGAGUGGGCCACCUGCCACGACGACAUGAGGGACAACCUCGACCUCGUGGGCCGCAGGAUGCGCGAGCAGCGGAACGCCAUCGCCGCCGAGUCGAGGCUGCCGCCCAAGGAGAAGGAGCAGGCGGUCCGGGACCGUAUGCGUAAGGAGUCGGAGCAGCGCCUCGAUGACCUCCGAGACAAGAUGCGACUCGACGCCCAGCGCCGCGACCUGCGCACCCACGAGGCCAUCCAGUCGCCCAAGUGGGACGCCGCCCUCGUGGCCUCGCACACCCUUCCCUGGCUCCGGCAGCACGGCCACCUACCCUCUUCCUCCGACACAACGGCGCCGGAAACCCCCCGCGCCGUCGUCGGCGGCCUACUUCACCGCAUGCUCCUCGACGGCGCCUUCGCGGACGACGUGGCUUCCGUGCUGGGCGCGUGGAAGGCGUGGGCCGACAACGGCGGCAUGCGCAAGUCGGACCUCGAGGCGCUGCGGGAGGCGCGGACGAGCUUCGCGCUCGCGAGCCUCCUGGUCGCCGUGAUCCGGGAUGCCGGCGUCGCGACCGAGGGGGGCCUGGCCGUGGAUCUGCAGGAGUGCCUGGGCAUGUGGCGACAGGUGAGGUUGGGGUAG